AUGUGGAAGCCAGGAACUGACUUCGCAACAAUGAGAUGCCUCACCCACCCACUGCUCAAGAGGUUGCUGGGUCUCUCGCCUCAGUGUGUGCCAGGGAGAUUGAGUCAAACUAAAGGUCCUGUCCUCAGUCCCAAGCAGUCAUCUCUGAGGCAGAGCUGCAGUGCAAGACCUGGGCUCGUGACUGCGACAGAUGUGGUCAACUACUGGCAGAAGGUGUUUGAGACAAAUGGGAUCCCUGAAGCACGAGAAUCCAGUGAAUAUAUUGUGUCAUUUGUCCUGGGAGCAAAAACAUUUCAGAGCUUGAGCUCCAAAAGCCUCCACACUCCACUUACAGCAGUGCAGCAGGAGCAAAUCCAGCAGCUAAGCAACAAGCGACUAGAAAGAAUGCCGGUGCAGUAUGUGCUUGGUGAGUGGGACUUUCAGGACCUGACUCUGAAGAUGAGACCCCCAGUAUUUAUUCCUCGGCCUGAAACAGAGGAUCUCGUCUCGUUAGUUGUGGAGGAAGAAUCUCGGAAAUGUGAGAAGAAUUCAGGCCUGUGCAUCCCAGUUCCUGUCCCUCAUCCUUUGAUCCUAGAGGUUGGCUGUGGCUCUGGAGCAAUUGCUCUGAGUCUGUUGUGCAAACUGCCACAGAGCCAGGUGAUAGCCGUGGAUAAAGAGAAGGCUGCUGUGGAUCUCACCAGGGAGAAUGCACAUAGGCUGCAACUCCAGGAGAGGAUCCACAUCCUCCACCAUGAUGUUUCAUACAGUUCUGCCAAGCAGCUGCUACUCUGGGGCCCCAUAGACUUCAUAGUCAGUAACCCCCCAUAUGUCUUCCAUGAAGACAUGGCUUCCUUGGAUGCAGAAAUCCUCCGCUAUGAGGACCUUGAUGCACUAGAUGGGGGAGAUGAUGGGAUGAGAGUCAUCAAAACAAUUCUGGCUUUGGCUCCUUCUCUUCUGAAGGAUUCUGGGAGUGUGUUUCUGGAAGUUGAUCCCAGGCACCCAAAUAUGGUGGAGAACUGGCUACAGGCACACGCCAACUUACUACUCGUCCUCCGUGCCAUUCACAAGGACUUCUGUGGCAAGCCUAGGCUUCUGCACAUCCAAAAACAAAGCAGAUGA